CGGGUACUAGCUUUAAGACGCGACCGGUGCGCGGUCCUCGCGCGCGAAGAACAGCGUCAGGGCCAGGCUCGCCCCAAGCGACGCGGCCGGCCCGCCUGCCAGCCACGCGACGGGCCACGCGACGUGGUAGAGCCACCUCCAGCCCAUCCACUGGAGUCUGUGACUCCGGACCAUGAUCUUCUCGACGGCCGCGCGCUGCUGCGGGUCGCCCGCGGCGACGGGGAACCAGAAGCCCGCGUGGAGCAUGAGCCGCGCGCUCUGCGAAAAGGUGUACGCCGACGCGACGAGGCAGCAGACGACGCUCGCGACCUGCACGUGCGACGCCUGCUUCAGCUGGCCCACCGACAGGCCCCCGAGCGUGAGGACGGUCGAAGCCUGGAACGUGUUCGCCGUGAUGCCGUUGCGCAGCGUCUGCACCGCGUAGAGCCAGCCCUCGGUCGCGAAGACGUGGCGGCACCAGUCGACGCGCGCCGCGGCUUGCGUCUUGCGCCACGAGUCGGCGCCGCGUCGCUCGCGCCGCGACAUUUGCAGCUGGUAGAAAGCCAGGUUCGCCGCGCCGGCGGCGACUGUGGCAUGAGGAGGUACGUAGGCCUCACGCCGCGUGGCGACGCGUCGCGGCGUUCUGGCCGCAUGCAGCAGGGCGUGUGCAGCAGCAAUGAGGCAUGCGGUGAUUAGUCGUUUCAUCUCGAUGCUCGAACAGGCCGUAGAGCAGCUCUGAGGCCGUGCGGUGGCAGC